UUCCAUUGGGUGUAUUGGUGCUCCACAUAGACGCGUACGCCAUUCGAUUACCAAUUGGCGAUCGACCGUUAGUUAGCCAGAGUCGGUUCGGCUAAAGUACUUGCAUUCGUUGCUUGUCGCUUGUCGCUGGCGGCUGUUGUGUGGUGCUUGGAAAUUAUGGAAAUUGAAAUCUUAUCGCUUUAUCGUACUGAGAAAGUGGAUUAUCGAUUAACAAACGAACGCGGUGAGCGAUAAGCGCACAAACAACAAACUUAAAAUAGUUCAAUGUUUAGUUGCUGCUGACACUUGUCGCCAGCUAUCGAGUGCUAACCAUGGCUAUUAAAGUCAAAGUCCCAACCACUGCGCAGAUUGAGGAGCUGCGACAGCGCUUCAAUACAAAAUACGCCGAGGCGCCGCCUACAGUCCCCUUUCAUCCCGUCGACCUCGAUCGCAUACGGAACGACCAUGUUUGGUUGCAACGUUUUCUGGAAAUGUACGAUCUGGAUAUGGAGACAUCCUUUACGAAGCUCUGGGAUACGUGCAUUUGGCGUCAGUCCUACGGCGCAAACGAUUUGACUGAAGACAAGCUCAAUCAACAGUAUCUGAAUGAGGGAUCUGUGUUCGUGCAUAGCCACGAUGUAGACGGGAAGCCGUUGCUCAUAUUUCGCGUCAAGUUGCAUAGCAAAACCAAGAAUGUGGAUGAAUUGAUACGCAUUGUGGUCUACUGGGUUGAGCGAAAGCAGCGCGAGACUCAUAUGACCCAGCUGAGCAUAUUCUUUGACAUGGCCGGCACAGGCUUGGCCACCAUGGAUCUGGACUUUGUCAAGCGUAUUGUGGAGACAUUCAAGCUCUACUAUCCCAAUUCGCUUAAUUACAUAUUGGUCUUCGAGCUGGCUUGGGUGUUGAAUGCCGCAUUCAAGGUCAUUAAGACACUGUUGCCACCCAAAGCGGUUGAGAUAUUGAAAAUGAUAUCAAAGAAGGACGUCACUCAGUAUGUGCCCAAGGACAAUUGUCUGGUCAGUUGGGGAGGCAGCGACAGCUACGAGUUUCAAUUUGUCCCAGAGCCCAAGCGUGCGCUAGCCAAGCCGAAAGCUGCCAAUGCCGGUGACGACGACCAGCCCCAUGAUGAAAUGGGUUUGGAUAAGAAGAACGUUGAAAAGAAAGCAAAAGAAAUCAGAAGACAACAGACAACACCGUUCAUAUAUUAUUCUUCCGCAAACAUGCCUAAGGUUACCUUCUCCAAUAGCGUUCGUAUGGCGCCUCACGAUUCAAGCAACGGCAAGCUUCACACGCCAUCGGAUUUGGUUAUGCUGCAAUUGGAGCCCAAGGAAUUUGUAAAUAUUUGCAAAGAUAAUGGGGAGGCGAAGGUGUCGCUGAGAAACAUUUGCAAUAAACCGGUGGUCUAUAAGAUACAAACAACAUCACCAGAAAAGUUUCGCGUGCGUCCCCGUUGCGGUAUAAUACCCCAAAAUGAAUCAACCGAAGUGCACAUUUGGCUUAAAUCUGAUCAGAUCCUGAGCAGCGAUGGAAAAGACAAAUUCCUUGUUAUGGCAACUUGCACUUCAGAUUCCGAAUGCGGCUCACAAGCUGUUGCAGAUAUGUGGAGAGCGAAAUCUUCAACAGAUCCAGAUGUGGAAACCUUCCGUCUCGUAUGUCGUAUGGACGAGAAAUCCGAAUGUGCAAAAACCACAAACAUGAAGAGCGAUAGCAGUAGUAGUGAAUUUGGUGCAGACAAAUUUCAGGAGCAAGCCCAAAAAAUGGAAGCUCAAUUGAAUUUUACAAAACAUUUACAAUAUGCCACAUUGGCUCUAUUGUUGUUGCUAUUUAUUGGGUUCGGUUUUCUUAUGUAUGAGCAGAUGAUAAAACACUCGCCAGCUGGCGGAAGUUGCCGUAAAGCCCCAGCAUACACGUGUCCCAAACGCAAAUAAUAUUUACUGUCUCAAUGCAAUCUGACCUUGAGAGACGAUGCCACUGCCAGCCACGACCAACCAAAUCAGAACAACAACAACAAAAACAAAAACAUUAAUAAUAAUAUUAACAAAAUUAACAAUGACUAUAAUCUGCAUAAGGAUAGCUGCAUUUGUGACCUAAGCCUCGGUUUGGACUACACAGAUGAUGACAUCCAUUGCUUGGAGACGUUACUCUUGGCUCAUCUGCAAUUGUCGGUGCGAAAUAGUCAAGGCAUUGGCAGUCAAAUGGGCGGCGGUGUCGCUAAUGGCGGUCAUCUUCUUGGUCUUAUUGCAUUCGCACGCAAAAUAGCGCGUGUGAUCCUGUCGCUUUCCGUGCUUUGCUGUAUUCUAUUCUUAAGCUUCUAUUUGGGCUGCAAUUAUGAUGGCCAAAAUGACGACAGUGGUGCUCCAAGUCAUUCAACAACCGCAAUAGAAGCAACAACAGCUCUGUCGAUGGAUGCGACCACAGCGAUCAACUAUGCAUCGACACCCGGCAGUGACCCAGCCGAUUCAUAUUUUAUGUAGUUGGCAAAUAUCUAUAUCUAUAUAUAUAUAAAUAUAUAUAUACGGAAGACAAAAAUUAUAUGUAUAUGUAUAUAUGUUACACUGAUAUAUUUUGUAUAUGGAAAUAUUUAUACGAAAACAAUUGAUGGAUAUGGCCAACCUAAA